GAGGGAGUUGCAGAAGUACGGCAAGUUCCCAAUUCAGUACCAAUUGCUACUUGCAUCGACGAAGUACUGUUAUUCUGAAAGAAAGCACUGCGAUUAAAGUGAAUAUCAACCAAUUAAAAGUCGUGUUAAUAUAUUUUAUUUUCAAAAAAAAAAAUCACAAAAAAUAACGUCUUAAAAAACAUCUUUAGCGGCAGCAGCAUGAUAUUUGGAAAACUUCAACGGUCCGUUACGGGGGCUGCAAAAACUCUGCGAGUAUGGCAGGUGCAUAGGGUUCGCAAUAUAACCGCUUACACCGGCACCAGUCUCACUGAACUACCUCCAAAUGCUGCGGCUUUCAUCAAGAACUCUGAAGAAAUGUGCCAACCCGACAAAGUUCACAUUUGUGAUGGAAGUAAUGUUGAAAAUCGAUGGUUAACAGAAAAAUUGGUGGCUCAGGGAACUCUAAGUCCUUUGAAAAAGUACGAAAACUGUUGGUUAGCCAGGACUAAUCCAAGUGAUGUUGCCAGAGUUGAGUCGAAAACAUUUAUUUGCACCGAGAACAAAGACGAAGCAGUUGUUGGUUCCCUGGGUAAUUGGAUUUCUCCAGAAAACAUGAAAACUGCAAUAAAUCAGCGAUUUCCAUCGUGUAUGAAGGGGCGUACGAUGUACGUGAUACCGUUUUCUAUGGGGCCAGUGGGUUCCCCGCUUUCGAAAGUCGGAAUUGAAAUCACUGAUUCUCCGUAUGUUGUUGAGUCGAUGCGUAUUAUGACAAGAAUUGGAAUCGAUGUCGUUCACCAAUUGCAGAAGAAUGCUGAAUUCGUGAAGUGUCUCCAUUCGGUUGGACGUCCUGAAAAUGGGAUUGUAGAGUUUCCUGCAUGGCCAUGUGAUCCAGCGCGAACAAUUAUCCUCCACAAACCUGAUGAGAACUUCAUAGCGUCUUAUGGCUCGGGUUAUGGUGGAAAUUCUUUAUUGGGAAAGAAAUGCUUUGCACUCAGGAUUGGGAGCACUAUUGCCAAGCGUGAGGGCUGGUUGGCUGAGCAUAUGUUGAUUUUGGGUAUAACGAACCCUCAAGGCGAGAAAAUCUAUGUUGCCGCAGCUUUUCCUUCAGCUUGUGGCAAGACAAACCUGGCCAUGAUGACUCCCACCUUACCUGGUUAUAAGAUUGAAUGUGUGGGGGAUGAUAUAGCUUGGAUGAGAUUCGAUGAAAACGGACAGCUUCGAGCCAUAAACCCUGAAUAUGGUUUCUUUGGGGUCGCCCCUGGAACUUCAAAGGAAACAAAUCCCAUAGCUAUGCAAACGAUCUUCAAAAACACGAUAUUCACAAAUGUUGCUUCCACCUCCGACGGUGGAGUGUACUGGGAGGGUCUGGAAAAAGAACACUCUGCAGAUGUUGCGAUAACAGAUUGGUUGGGCAAGCCUUGGACAAAGGGAAGCAGUAAGACACCAGCAGCUCAUGCUAAUUCUCGGUUCUGCACGCCAGCAACCCAGUGCCCCAUAAUUGACCCAGCGUGGGAAGAUCCCCGAGGAGUUCCAAUCAGUGCAAUUCUUUUCGGAGGUCGUCGACCGAAAGGCAUUCCCCUGGUGUAUGAGGCCCGGUCUUGGGCUCAUGGGGUAUUUAUAGGAGCAUCUAUGCGCAGUGAGUCAACAGCAGCAGCGGAACAUACCAAAAAGGUAAUAAUGCACGAUCCGUUUGCUAUGCGGCCAUUCUUUGGAUACAAUUUUGGAAAAUAUCUAGAACACUGGCUUAGUAUGGAAAACCGAGGUAAAGUUCCAAAAAUCUUCCAUGUCAACUGGUUCCUCAAAAACAAAGACGGCAAAUUCAUGUGGCCCGGUUUUGGAGAAAAUUCAAGAGUCCUUGAUUGGGUAUUUAGACGUGUGAAGGGGGAAAACUGUGCCAAAGAUUCAGCUAUUGGAUUUGUACCUUCCGAAGGAGCUCUCCGCACCGAUGGCCUUGAUAAUCUUCCCGAAAGCCUCGAUAAACUAUUUGAUCUACCAAAAGAUUUCUGGCUACAAGAAGUUAGUGAAAUAGAAAAAUAUUUUGAGACUGAAAUAGGCAAUCAUUUGCCAAAUGCUGUGACCAAAGAAUUGACUUAUUUGAAAGAACGAAUUUCAAAAAUGUAAUUAUAGAAAUUUAAGAUAAGAUUAUUAUUUUUUAAAAGUGUAAUAUUUUGCAUUUCAUAACAAAUACAAAAAUUUUUAAUUAAAAUAAAUGA